AUGGACCGGAACCCCUCGCCGCCGUCCAGCGAGGCGGAGGAGGAGGAGGGGGAUGCGGUGGGGAACACGGUGUACAGCAAGCACUGGCUGUUCAGCAUCCUCACCCGCCUCAUCGAGGUGAUUAGCCCCGAGAAGACGGAGCCCACCGGGAGUCCUGAGCGAAGCCAGACGGAGCUAGACGAAGAGAUGGAGAACGACAUUUGCAAAGUGUGGGACAUGUCGAUGGACGAGGAUGUUGCUUUAUUUCUUCAGGAGUUCAACGCCCCUGAUAUAUUCAUGGGAGUUUUUGCCAAGUCAAAAUGCCCUCGUCUUACUGAAAUCUGUGUGGGAAUAUUAGGAAAUAUGGCCUGUUUCCAAGACAUAUGCAUGUCCCUCAGUAAAGAUGAGAAUCUUGGGCAAGUGCUCUUGCAACGUUUGUGCGAUUCAGACUCCCCAACUCUUCUGGAAACAAGCAGGUUGUUGUUAACUUGCCUCUCCCAGCCUGAGGUGGCCAAUGUCUGGGUGGAGAGAAUCCGAGAAAACCCUUCUGUGUACGACUGUGUUUGCUUUAUCAUGUCCAGCUCUACAAAUGUUGAAUUGCUGGUAAAAGUGGGUGAAGUGGUGGACAAACUUUUUGAUCUAGAUGAAGAGCUAAUGUUAAACUGGAUUAAAAAUGGCAGUUGUCGGUCUGUGGGACCAUCUGUAGAUGAUUCCCCUGAAGAACUUCCAGAUUUUAAGAUUGUGCCUUGUAUACUUGAAGCAGCCAAACAAGUCCGAUCAGAUAAUCCGGAAGGACUUGAUGUUUAUAUGCAUAUUUUGCAGCUCCUGACCACAGUGGAUGAGGGUAUUCAGGCUAUUGUGCAGGCUCCUGAUGGAGGAAAAGAGACUUGGAGUUUGCUUUAUGACCUUGUUUGCCAUGAGCUCUGCCAGACGGACGAUCCACCGAUCAUUGUGCAGGAGCAGAAGACUGUGUUGGCUUCUAUUUUGUCUGUGCUGUCUGCUAUGUUUGCUUCCCAGACAGAACAAGAAUACACCAAGAUGAGGAAAAUAGAUAUGCCUCUGAUUGGGAGCUUGAUUCGUAUCUUGCAAUACAUGGAGGGCUGUGGGAAGAGAUCUCUUGAUAACUCAAAGGAGUCUGAACAAGAAGAGACUGGAAGGGCUGAUAUAAAUGAGGAGGAUUUCCAUUUAAAAAUUUUGAAGGAUAUUUGCUGUGAAUUACUUUCCAAUAUGCUUCAAGAACUGACCAAGGAGAAUACAUUGGAAGGACUACACCAGGGGCAUUUAAACGAGCAGACAUGUUCCUGUGCAUUUCAGAACCUCUUACCAUUGUAUUUUGCAUCGGUGGAGAGUUUCCUUGAAGUUCUGCGUGAGGCUGACCGGGCACUGGCUGACAAUCUGGAGAAGCGUUUCCCAAGCCUGAAGGUUCACACCUAAGAGUGCACAUAAAAUAUUUUCCUUCUUUGGAUUGAAGAGUUUUGACCUUUUCAUUACAGUGUUUCAGAAAUCAAGUUUUCAGUAAAUACAGGAGAAUGAAGCAACCUCCUUACCAAAAGGUGGCUUUUAAGAAAUGUGCGAGG